UCAGAUCCUUGGCCUCUCCCCGUCUUGCUCCGUCAGCGAAGAAGAUUUUACAAAACCACAGGAAGAUGUGUGAUCAGCAGAAGCAGCAACAGUUCCCCCCAUCUUGUGUGAAAGGUUCUGGAUUGGGAGCUGUGCAGAGUACCAAAGGUACCUCUGUGAAAUGCCCAGCUCCAUCCCAGACCCAAACCUAUGUGAAAUGUGUAACUCCUUGCCAGACUCAGACCUAUGUAAAAUGCCCAUCUCCAUGCCCAACUCAGACCUAUGUGAAAUGUGUAACUCCUUGCCAGACUCAGACCUAUGUUAAAGGCCCACCUCCAUGCCCGACUCAGACCUAUGUGAAAUGUAUAACUCCUUGCCAGACUCAGACCUAUGUGAAAUGCCCAGCUCCUUGUCAGACGUACAUGAAGUGCCCAGCUCUGUGCCAGACAACCUAUGUGAAGUGCCCAACUCCCUGCCAGACCCAGACUUGCUAUGGUCAGGGCCCUUCUCCUGGCCAGACCUACUAUAUUCAGGCUCCUGCAAGUAGCUUGACCACCUCAUGCGGUGCACCUGAUCCAUGCUCUGCACCCUGUUCCACCAGCUACUGCUGCCUGGCUCCCCGGACCUUCGGGGUGAGUCCCCUGAGACGCUGGGUCCAAAGGCCCCAAGACUGCAACUCAGGAUCAUCUGGCUGCUGCGAAGAUUCUGGGUGCUGCAGCUGUGGGGGCUGCAGUUGUGGUGGCUGUGGCUCUGGGUGCUGCUGCUUGGGAAUUAUCCCCAUGAGGUCCCGAGGUCCUGCAUGCUGUGAUCGUGAUGAUGACUGCUGUUGUUAAAUACAAAACAGCCUUGCUCCACCUUCUGGAACAUUCACCAGCCUCUGGCCCCACUUCCCUAUAUUCCCAAUGAUGUAGAAUCUCAUUGCUUCACUGUGUACUUUGCUUCUCUAUGAAGGCAACCUGCU